AGAUGAUCUUCAAGGCAGUCCAGUUUGAGCUUCUGAAGAUUUCCUGAGUUAUAACCAGUGGGCUGAGUAGAUGCGAAGAUCCGGUUUUGUUUUCUUUGCAAUGCUGGAUGGCCAGGUGCCAUUUAGUCCAAUUUCAGAAUGUGGUCUGGCCUGAGUCUCUUAAUGGAUAAGGCACAGAAAGCUGGAGUUGCCCCUCAAUACCAAAGAACAGUCAAGCACUUUUCUUCCCCAUACGUGUAAACAGACCCGGAAGCUGGGAGAAGCAGCGCAACUGAGCCGGGCGGUGCGAGCUUACGGAACCCUAGUCAACGAGGUCGGCGUUGCAAAGGGAACUAGUCCAGCGCCGGAGGAGAAGCUUUUGCAGCCCAGCUGGUUCCGGUUGGGGAAGAUGGCGGUAGCUGGGGCGGCAUCCGGAGAGCCGCUUGUACAAUGGUGCACACAGCAAUUGCGAAAAACUUUCGCCUUGGAUGUCAGCGAGGAGAUCAUACAAUAUGUUUUGUCAAUUGAGAGUGCCGAAGAAAUACGAGACUAUGUGACAGACCUUCUCCAGGGAAAUGAGGGUAAAAAGGGUCAAUUCAUAGAAGAUCUUAUAACCAAAUGGCAAAAGAAGGAUCAGGAGUGCAUUUCUGAUUCUUUUCAACAGUGCUGGAAAAAAGAUGAAAGUUUAGAUGGACAGAGAUCAGUGGACCAGCUAAAGCGGAGUAGGAGGAAAGGAAGAAACAAACAGGAAGUUCCUGCAUUUCCUGAACCUGACACGACUGUGGAGGUCAAAACACCUUUAGAUUUGGCCAAGGCACAAGAAGGCAACAGCUCCGUAAAGAAGAAGACGAGAUUUGUCAGCUUAUAUACAAGAGAGGGGCAGGACAAACUUGCAGUCCUGCUUCCUGGUCGUCACCCGUGUGAUUGCUUGGGCCAGAAGCACAAACUCAUCAAUAACUGUCUGGUCUGUGGGCGGAUUGUCUGUGAACAGGAGGGUUCAGGCCCCUGCUUGUUCUGUGGCUCUUUGGUGUGUACCAAUGAAGAACAGGACAUUUUACAGCGUGACUCAAACAAAAGCCAGAAACUGCUGAAGAAGCUCAUGUCAGGGGCAGAGAAUUCUGGAAAGGUGGAUAUCUCUACCAAGGACCAUCCUCCUCAUCAGGAAUCUCGAAUGAAGUCUUGUUUGGAGAAGGCUGUCAAGCACAAGGAAAAACUGUUAGAGUUCGAUAGGACUAGUAUCCGAAGGACCCAAGUCAUUGAUGAUGAAUCAGAUUACUUUGCCAGUGAUUCUAAUCAGUGGCUGUCCAAAGUUGAGCGAGACAUGCUACAGAAACGAGAGGAAGAGCUGAGAGAACUCCGACAUGCCUCCCGACUUUCUAAGAAAGUCACCAUUGACUUUGCGGGGCGGAAGAUCCUAGAAGAUGAAAACCCGCUGGCAGAAUAUCACAGCAGACUAGAUGAGACAAUACAAGCCAUUGCCAAUGGAACUUUGAACCAGUCACUGGUCAUGUCUGAUAGAUCUUCUGAAGAGCCUUUGGGAGUUCUGGUAAACCCUAACAUGUACCAGGCCCCUCCUCAGUGGGUAGACAACACUGGGUCAGCACCACCGAAGAAAACUUCACUCUCAGCAGGACCAAGACUAGAGCUCAGUUUACAUCCGCACCAGCUGCGAAUCCAGGACCAGGAAUUCCAGGAAGGCUUUGAUGGUGGCUGGUGCCUGUCUAUGCAUCAGCCCUGGGCUUCUCUGCUUGUCAAGGGGAUUAAAAGGGUGGAGGGCAGAUCCUGGUAUACUCCUCACAGAGGAAGACUUUGGAUAGCAGCCACAGGCAAAAGACCUUCGACUCAAGAAGUCUCAGAACUCCAGGCUACCUACCGUCUUCUUCUCGGGAAAGAUGUAGAAUUUCCCAAUGACUAUCCAUCAGGUUGUCUUCUGGGCUGUGUGGACCUUAUUGAUUGCUUAUCCCAGAAACAAUUCCAGGAGCAGUUCCCGGACAUCAGUCAAGAGUCUGACUCUUCAUUUGUCUUCAUCUGCAAAAAUCCCCAGGAAAUGGUUGUGAAGUUCCCUAUUAAAGGAAAUCCUAAAAUCUGGAAACUGGAUUCCAAGAUCCAUCAAGGAGCAAAGAAGGGGUUAAUGAAGCAGAAUAAAGCUGUCUGACCCAGGAAAAAAGAAACUAUACAACAUAGUGGAGUCUUGUGUACUAAAUUGCUAUCCGCUGGUCCUUUGGGAUGGAAGCAGUAGAAAGCUAAAAGGCUUGGCACCAGGCUUCGGUCUCUGAGAAUUUUUUUCUUAAAGGAUGGGAUUCUUUAUGUAGUGGGUCCAAAAUCUUUAAAUAUGUUAUUUAUAAAAACUCAUUUUAAAAAUUCUAGGUCUUUGACAUUUUUCUCAGAACUAAAUUCAAAACAGGAAGGAACAAAUUAGAAAUUAUUUUCCUCUGUGAGAUUUGUAUUUGUAAUUAGGAAAAUCUUAACAUAUAUUAACAUUUUUACAAGAGACUCUUUGAAUUUAAUUUUUUUUCUCAAAAUAAUAGAAUGGAGAAUAUUAGGAUGAUGGAGGAGUCUUUGUUUAAUAUAAGCCUGUGAUGAAGUGAGAGUGUUCUUACCAAAUGUUCUGCUGUUGACAUCUUGAGACUGGAUCUCACUCUGUGACCCAGGCUUGCCUGGGACUUACAAAGUCCUCCUGCCAAAGCCUCUCAAGUGCCAAUGUGUAGAUCAAUAGUGGCAUGCUCAGCUUCUAACCAAGUCUCUCAGAGUGGAAGCUAGAGUUCCCAUCCUUAGCAGGUUUUCUUUCGUUCUGGAAAAGAUAACAUGAAGACAUAUUUCUCUGUGCUUUAGUUUGAGAGCAUGGCUUAGACUGGAAGUGAGGGAGCCGCCUGCCAGUGCAGCCUGAAGCUGCCUGAAGCUGCCCUGCUUAUUGUGUUAGUGUUGGUUGCAAAAGUAUCAUGUAGAUGGGACAAUUAGAGAAAAACUAGAAAUACAAUCCUUUGGUAAAUACAUCAAAAAACCCUCUAAUGUGGAAAGCAAGCCUUUUUAAAACUAUAAAUAUCCUGAAAGCCAUGCCUGGAAAAAUAAGGAUUGGUUUGAAGUGAGAUUUUUCACUGGUCCCUUUAACCCUUCUCAGGAAUCACUUGUUUCUGAGGCUCUUCUAAAGUGCUCCUGGGAUCUCAGUUGCUGGGUCCUAGGAAGUUCAUGAUUUUAAAUGUGUAUGUUCUGCUCUUUAAAACACUACGACCACACUGGGGAUGUUGAACUCCCUCCAGCAGUUUGUGUGCUUGACUUAAAAAAGAAAGAGCAAGUGAGAAAGAAAAAACAGUACCUUGUAUUAUGAAAAAGAUUGAUUUCCCUUUCUUUAAUCCUCCAUAUUCAGCAUUUAUUUGCAUUGAAAUGCCUCCACUCGUCCACAUCAAUGCUCACUCGGCUGUGAACUGCUUGUUGCAUAGCAUUGGUCCUAUGGGGACUGACCCCUCUGGAUUCCCAAGGAAGCCCUAUCAGAUCCCUGUCCUAGUGGUACACACAGGCAGUACCCUCGCUUGUUCUGCUGGACCUCUGUGUGGAAAGUGGAAGAGGACAGUUAAUGGCAUGUACUAACCUCAGAGAUGUCUUUUUGGCCUCUUGGAAACCCUACCAUUGUUGAAGGCAAAACUGUGUUUAUUAUGUAGUUAAUAGUUUACCAAGCAGUAGCACCUCAAAUUCUAUGCUGAAAUUGUCUGGCUCUCUUAAUAUCAAAAUAAAGUUGAAAGAUAGAAUGAGAAAAGACAAGGAA